UCCCCCUACAGAGCCUGGCGUGGGCGGCGGCAUGGUGGGCGUGCUGGUGGGCGUGGCGCUGGUGUCGGCUGCUGUGGGCGCCGCGGUCAUGGUGGUGUUGCUGAGGUGUCGGAAAUUCAAGAUUCUUCCUUCGGGCCGAGAUUCGUGCCCCAUGCUGAUGCGGGGCACUUGGACGAAGGGCUCCACCACCAGUGCCCCCGCGGGGGGCACCGGAGGGACCGGAGAACGCGGCGGGACGGAGAGCAUAAAGGGCAUCGACGAGGCGCCGCCCGGGGGCCGUGCCGGCGGGGGCACCACGCACACGGGCUGGAGCAUGAAGCUGUGGCGCCGCGGCUCGUCCCAGGAGCGGCCCCUGCGCCCUUCGUCCUCCCAGGGGUCAGAGAACUCCUACACGGAGGAGCCGUACGUCAACGCCGACUCCCAGAGUGCAGUUUACGCCGAACUCAACUCCACGACGGCCUCGACGCCGGGCAGCGGCACGAGUGCGGGCGCCGCCUACCGCCCUUACUCCCUCAACACGUACUCCGAGAUCCCCGACCCGCUGCGGCCUGUCUCCCUUCGUGCCUACAUCAGCGAGAGCACUUAUGAGAACGCUGGCUACGUGCUCUCCGAGGCCGGCCUCGAGCAGCCCGAGAGCUCCACCGGCUCGGCCUCCACGCCUUCCUCUGCGUACUACUCCGACGUGUCUUCCUCCGAGACCCACAACAACAAGAAAAAGAAGAAGAAGAGGAAGAACGAAGAGCGAAGCAGCACAGGCCUCCAGCGGUGCUUGGAACUGCCUAACAUUUCCUCCACCGUGGCCAUCAUGAACCGCCACAACCUGCUCGCCGGGCGGGGCGGCGCGCCCACCGGCCCCUCCAUACACCCGUCUUUACACACACGAGAGAUCUUCCCUCUGGCGCUGGAGCUCCUGCCCCAGCACCUCGCCAUGGACGCCCGGGGGGGCGAGGGCGUGCUGCCACCGCUACAGCCCAACAUGGCCGUCAUCCACACCGCCAGUCAAGUGCAAACGCUGCCCAACACCAAGGGCGUCGCUGAGCCCCGGCCAGCGGUCUCCACCUGCCCCAGGGUAGGGGUUCCAGUCGGGGUCACUGCCCCUCUGCCCGGGGUUGGUGCCAGCGGUCCGCCCGGGGUCAGCACCCCAGGCCCGGAGGAGGCUCCUGGCGCGGCUGGUGUUCCUACUAGUAUUACCGGUCCGGGGCCGGGGGUGGCCGCGGCCUCGCCUGAGUCGCUGCCCGUCAGCCUGGCCGAAGAGGAGGAGGAGGAGGAGGAGGAGGAGGAGGAAGAAGAUUCCCCCCACAGACCUCUGCCGCCCCUUCCUAGCAGGCAGCAGCAGGGACCCCAGCGGCGGGGCGUGUACCUCGCCCAGAGUAAGCAGGACCAGCCACUCCCGCCAGUGCCCUCGGAAUACGUCUAGGACCACAACUCUUGCCCAGCACGGACGCAGCGGCCGGCAGCCCCGUGAGGCCCAGCCAGGACCAUCGCCGCCACACUGAAGAGCCUCCCUCAGGAGAGCCGCGCACUGCGGCGUCCAGUGAGCGGCGGCGGGCGGCGAGGCGCUGGGCUUGUCAUGUGCACUAUUACAUAUCUGUGAGUGUGUGUAAAU